AUGGAGGAAACGGUGUCUCGUGUAAUCUCUGACAUAGAGGAUCUCCGAGGAAACCCGGAACAAGCACCGCUCUCAGAACAAACCCUAACGGAUCUUCAAAUUCUCCUCAACAACUCCCUCUCCGAUAGCCUCUACGAUGAGCUUCCAUCGAAGAAUCUCUCUCCCUCUGCUCUCAUCGCUCCCAUUGCUUCCGCAAUGGACUCUUCCCCUUCCCACCACUCGCUCCUCGCUUCCGACGUCUUCCUCUCCCUCCUCCUCGCCCCAAACGCCCCCGUUUUCACCCUAUUCACUCCCAUCUCCUUCAUUUCCUUCCUCCGCUCCCUCCGCCGCUCCUGCAAAGCCCACUCCAGCCCAGGCCCGGGCCAAGAUGCCUCGCAAAACCGCAAGCGAAAGCGUGCCGGUGCCGGCCGGUCCCGUGCCAAAAAUCCCCAAAACGACUACGAUUCUACGGACACUAGCUCACAACACGACCCCAAGGUGCUCCUCCGCGUGCUGGAGAAGCUAGUCCGGGUAAUGGACCUUAUACACCUGGACCGCUUCCCGGAAACUCUCCGGUCGCUUAUUCAAACUGUCGCGGAAAUCCCCGUCACCGCGCUCGACGUGUGCGGGAACACGGCGCACUAUAGCAAGUUGCUCAACCUAUGUUCUCGCCUGCUGAGGGAAAUUCUCAAACCCGAGCAUGGCGAACCUUCCAACACUGCCGCCGAGGUAUUGAAAUCUCUCAGUUCGCUUGUUCUCAUGGCGAAGUCACAGGCGAGGACCUUUGCUCUUGGAUUUGUGACGAGUCUCGUUGACCAAUGUGAUGGGGUUAAGAAGGCGCUGGUUAAUUUUCCGAGGUAUUUGGUGAAGAAGGCGCCGGAGAAGGCCGAGCCUAGAGCCUUAGCUGUGGACUCCAUCAUGGAGGUUGUUAGGGUGUUGGGAGUUGAGGAUCAGAUUGCGUUUGUGAAGUACGUGGUGCAGAUGGCUCAGGGGAAGGCGAAUCUUCGGCUUUUGGCGGUUGAUCUUAUUCUGAAUCUGGUGACUUCUUUGAAGGAUCCGUUGGGUGUGGAGAGUGAAGCGAGUGAAGCGAGUGAAGCGUGGGGAAUGUGGUGCUUGGAGGUGUUGGUGAAGAGGUGUUCUGAUGUGAGUGGCGCGAUUCGGGCGCGGGCUUUGUCGAGCUUGGCGCAGUUGGUGGGGUUAUUGUCCCGUGGUGAAAGGACUAGUAUGGUUUUGAAGGAGUUUAUGGGGUUUGGAAAGGUUGGCGAUGUGAAUGUUGAGGGUACAAUGAAUGAUAUGCUAAGGAGAAGGUGUAUGGAUGAUAAAGCAGCUGUUAGGAAAGCUGCAUUGCUUCUAGUUACUAAUUUGACUUCUUUUCUUGGAGGUGCAAUUGAUGAAGUGGUGCUGAAGACAAUGGGCAUGGCUUGUUCCGAUCCACUUAUCAGCAUGCGGAAAGCCGCGAUUGGAGCUCUUUCAGAGGCUUUCAGAACAUUCUCUUCUGAAACAGUAAUAACUGAGUGGCUACAUUCAGUUCCGCGUCUAAUAACUGACAAUGAAUCAAGCAUCCAAGAAGAAUGUGAGAACAUGUUUCAAGAACUUGUUUUGAAUCGGGUAUGUAGAGCUGCAUCUGCUACCUCUUCAUGUAUUGUACCUUCUAAUGGAAAGAUGAAAAGAAAAAGUAUAGGCAAUGAGAUGGAGAAGCUUUUUCCCAAUGGAACAUUGUAUCUUCUAAGAGAGGUUUGCCAUGGGGAGGUAAGCCCUUGGGUGAAGAAAGUUUGCACAAAUCUGGGCAAGAAGAAACGGAUGAAUGAGAAAAUUGUUACUGCACUGCAAAAUAUAAUCAAGGUAUCUGAGUCUCUCUGGCUGAGUCACUCAAUGCCUAUAGAAAAGUGGACUGCCCCACCAGGUGCUUGGUUUCUUUUGUCAGAGGUGUCAACAUUCCUUUCAAAAGCAGUAGACUGGGAGUUUCUUCGUCAUCAUUGGCAGCUUCUUGACAAACAUGAAGUGGAGUGUGAGUUCAAAAGCCCAAUUUUACACAAAAAUGCAUCUGAAGAGGAAGAAAGCACAGAAUACAAUACUGUUGCCUGGGCUAGUGAUCGAGUUUUCCUCUUACAAACCAUUUCUAAUGUUUCUGUGGAACUGCCCCCCGAACCAGCAGCUGAAUUGGCUCAUAACUUGCUCAAACGAGUUGAAGCAUUCAACAUGCAUUCAACAGAGACUGGACUGAAGGUUGACGCUCAUUUAAAAGCACUAAAAACAUUAUGCAAGCGGAAAGCUUCAAAUCUCGAAGAGGCGGAAUCGUUAGUCUUGAAAUGGAUUAACCAAGUUCUCUCCAUGGCUUCUGGAAUAAUAGAAAAAUUCAUUUCAGAUAAUUCUGACAAAAAGGCAGAAAGUAGUUUAUUCACUCCACCUAGAAGUGGGACCAGGAAAGGCAGCAAAUCAGUAGCAAUGUCCAAGUCAUUGUCUAAAGCAGUUACCGCUAUUUAUACAGUUGGGUCUUUAGUUAUUGUUUGCCCAUCUGCUGAUAUGAGCAAUGUAGUUCCUCUAUUGCAUACCAUCAUCACUUCUGGGAGCUCUGGUCCUAAAUUAAAUAACCUACCCGGUCCUUCAACUUCUUUACAACGGGAAGCUCCUUCUUUUUAUAUUCAGGGGUGGCUAGCCAUGGGUAAGCUCUGCCUUGCUGAUGGGAAGUUAGCUAAGAAUUAUAUUCCUCUGUUUGUACAGGAGCUUGAAAAGACCGAAUCUGCAGCUCUUCGCAACAACAUUGUGGUCAUGAUGGCAGAUUUUUGUGUUCGGUACACCGCACUGGUUGAUUGUUACAUAACAAAGAUCACUAGGUGUCUCUUAGAUCCUUGUGAACUCGUGAGAAGGCAAACGUUCAUAUUACUAUCCAGAUUGUUGCAGAGGGACUACGUGAAAUGGAGAGGAGUGCUAUUUCUUCGGUUCCUUUUGUCACUUGUUGACGAAUCCGAAAAGAUAAGGCAGUUAGCGGAUUUUCUGUUUGGAAAUAUUUUGAAAGUUAAGUCUCCUCUUUUAGCAUAUAAUAGUUUUGUUGAGGCUGUUUUCGUACUGAACGACUGUCAUGCCCAUAAUGGACAUCGUGAGUCCCAUGGGUCACGAAAGGAAAGUCAAAGUUUUUCCAUCAGGGGUACUGAUGAAGAGUCAAGGAACAAAAGAAUGCAUAUUUAUGUUUCUUUACUAAAACAAAUGGCUCCUGAGCAUCUUCUAGCAACCUUUGCCAAGUUAUGUGCGGAAAUUCUAGCUGCAGCUUCUGAUGGUAUGCUCAAUAUAGAAGAUGUAACUGCACAGUCUGUUCUACAGGAUGCUUUUCAAAUUCUCGGCUGUAAAGAGAUACGCAUUCCAUCCACUCGGGCAUCAUCUGAGUCAGCAGAUAUAGAGGAAGAAGGAGGAGAAAAUGGUUCUGCAGCUAGAGGAAAGGCUAUAACUCAGGUAGUCAAGAAGGGCCUUAUUCAAAAUACAGUUCCCAUCUUCAUAGAAUUGAAACGUCUAUUGGCAACCAAGAAUAGUCCCCUCAUAGGUUCUCUCAUGGAGUGCCUCCGUGUUAUUCUAAAGGACUACAAGAAUGAGAUUGAUGACAUAUUGGUUGCUGAUAAGCAGCUGCAGAAAGAGCUUAUUUAUGAUAUUCAAAAAUAUGAAGCAGCAAAAGCUAAAGCAGCAGUUGCUGAAGCAGUGGUUGGCACCAAGCCAAAAUCAGGUUCAAACCAUUCACCUGAUGUUUCUAAGAACCUGACCAAGACACAAGUACAAGCAGUUCGACAAAGUAUGUCAAGUAACGAGCUUCCAAGUGAUUCAAGAGUCGCUUCAGCAAUGGCAGAUGCAGCAGCUGCAGCAACAGCUCGUUCUGUGCUCAGGGAAAUAAACAAGGGGACGGGUACACCACCUCUCGGUUCUUUUAGUGUUCCUAAAGUCAAGUCUUGUACUGGUAUGUUCAAUUCCAAAAAUGUUAAGCGCAUGGAUGUCAUAAAAUCUGUAAGGAAAAGACAGUCUUUCGAUUCUGAUGAAGAAAACUAA